AUGUUGGAAGCCUUCGACGUCAAGGCCAUGGGGGCCAAGACGAGCCUGGCCUUCACCACCCUGGCCUUCGUUGCGGUCAUUGCGGGCAGCUUUACCUACCUGAGCGUGUGCGGGGGAGCCCCAGGCCUCAGUUUUUGCCCGGCCUGGGGACUGGUGAGGCGGCCGACCUUCACGGCCGCCGCGCCACGGUGCCUCGCCGCGCUGGGUGGCGGCGGCGGCGUGCAAAUCCUGGGUGCAAAGCAGACCUUCCUGCCGCCGGAUGCCCUCCUGCGUGGCACCUCCAACUACGGCUCCGGCCAGCGCAUGGAGCGGCUGGGGCACAAGCUGCUGCAGGGCCAGCCCAUCACAGUCGCCUUUUUGGGCGGCUCCAUCACCUGGGGACGGGGCGGGUACGAGGGCGGGUCGUUCACAAACCGCUUCACGGAGUGGCUCAACGCCACCUUCCCCCACCCCGACCACCGCGUCGUCAACCUGGGCCUCCCCGCCGUCACCUCCGCCCUCUUUGCCGCCUGCUAUGAUACCGUGCCAGAGGAUGCCGACCUGGUGGUGCUCGACUUUGCCGUGAAUGACGGGCACGUCUCGCCGCGGUGGCGAGAAAAGCUGGGCUACUCGUUCGCCGGCGGGGAGCGGCGCGGCUUUGAGCAGCUGGUGCGCAAGAGCCUCAGGUUGCGCCAGUCGCCCGCUGUGGCCUUGCUUCACUUCUUCUCUUGGAAUGCCACCAGGGAUAAGCUGGAGGAGGAGGGCUAUCGGCCGGUGGGCGACAGCUUCUUCUUCCGUACCGUCGAGGAUGAGCUGAGCACCAUAGCGCAGUAUUACGACGCCCCGGUGCUGUCGCUGCGCAACGCGGUGUACCACUUGAUGCGGGAGCAGCGCUUUGGGUUCCAGUGGAAUGUCAGCCUGCACUUCGCCAAGGGGCGCUCCGCUGAGGAGAUGGAGGUUCUGAAGCAGGCGCAGUUCUUCUGGGAUGAGAACCACCCUUGGGACCGCACCGGCCACAGGGCCAUGGCUGAACUCGUCAUGGCCGCCGUCAGCCGCGGCGUGCAAGCAGCAGCAGAUGCGCAGCUGAGCCAGCUGGCGCGCGUGGGCGCGCUGGCCGUGGGGCAGAUGACAGCGGCGGCGCGGUCAAAGCUGGCAGAGGCGCGGCCGCUGGUGGCGCUGCCGCCGCUGCCGCCGCCCAUGGUGACCGGAAAUUACGAGGCCAAUGCCACGUCGUGCCACCUCCAGGAGAACUUCCAGGCGGUGAUUGGCACCCUGCAGGGGUUCAAGUAUGAGCCCAGGGCGCCCGAUGAGGAGACCUAUGUGGCACAAAAGUGGGGCCUGACGGCGGACCAGCCGGGGGCGUGGGCCACGCUCGAGAUCGACUCGGGGCUCGGGGGCCUGUCUGGCAAGCUGAAGUCGGUGCAGGUGCACCUGCUCUUCCUGCGCAGCUGGGGCGGCAUGGGGCGGGCGCGGGUGGAGUGCGCCAAGGGGUGCAGGUGCAAGUCUCAGCAGCUGGACGGGCACUGGGACCGCCAGGCAACACUCACAGAUCUGUUCAGCUUGGAGGUCUCACCGCAUGCCCAGUGCCAGCUCAAGCUGACGGUGCUGGAGGAGAGCAGCUCAGGGAACCACACGUUCAGCAUCAGCGGUGUGGUGGUGUCCUCUGUGGAUGCGAAAAUGGAGCGGGGCAAGGUUGGGCAGUGGGAAGUUGACACGCUGGAUUCCAUGUUACCUUAA